AUGGCAGAAGUUCCAUUGCUCAAUUCCACUUUGUCACACCCAACCUUCUUCAUAUUAAAUGGCAUUCCUGGACUGGCAGGUAGCCAAAUCUGGCUCACUCUGGUCUUUGGGCCCAUGUAUUUGCUGGCCCUUCUGGGCAAUGGAGCAUUGCUGACAGUAGUGAGGAUAGACUCCACACUGCACCAGCCCAUGUUUCUCCUCCUAGCAACAUUGGCAGUCACAGACAUGGGAUUAGCCACAUCUAUAGCCCCAGGAUUAUUGGCUGUGCUGUGGCUUGGGGCCCGGUGCAUACCAUAUGUUGCCUGCCUGGCCCAGAUGUUUUUUGUUCAUGCACUCACUGCCAUGGAAUCUGGUGUGCUGCUGGCUAUGGCCUGUGAUCGCGCUGUUGCAGUAGGGCGUCCACUGCAUUAUCCUGUGCUAGUCACCAAAAUCCGUGUGGGCUAUACAGCCCUAGCACUGGUACUAAAAGCUGUGGCUAUUGUUGUACCUUUUCCUUUGUUGGUGGCACGAUUUGAGCACUUCCGAGCCAAGACCAUAAACCAUUCCUACUGUGAACACAUGGCAGUGGUAGAGCUAGUGGUGGGUAACACUCGGGCCAACAACUUGUAUGGGCUAGCACUCUCUCUGGCUGUGUCUGGUCUAGAUAUUCUAGGUAUCACUGCCUCCUAUGGGCUUAUUGUUCAUGCUGUUCUGAAGCUACCUACCCGAGAGGCCCGUACCAAGGCCUUUGGUACUUGUAGUUCCCACAUCUGUGUCAUUCUGGCCUUCUAUGUGCCUGGUCUCUUCUCCUACCUCACACACCGCUUUGGCCGUCACACUGUUCCAAAAUCCAUACACAUCCUUCUUUCAAAUAUCUAUUUGCUGCUGCCACCAGCCCUCAACCCUCUCAUCUAUGGUAUUCGAACCAAGCAAAUCAGAGAACGGAUACUGGAAACCUUCAUAUUCAGAAAAAAGUUUUAG